GCAAUCGACAAACAGCAGGGCGGUAGGACUGUAGGACCGUGCCAACCGUGCUAGGAGCCGGUGUGCGUGCGUUUCGGUCGGUGUGAACUGGAAGGGCCGUAACAGCGGUUACGCGCGGAGUGUCAUUGGAACCCUUCGUUUGGAGUGCGACCGGGGCUCCUUAUCAGUGUGUAACGAAGCUCAGCGGCGAGCGCCAACCUUUUGACGGGGUGCAAUAACCCGCCAUUGAGCUGACUAUGCCCGCGAACGGCAGCGGCGCCUUUGCAAGUUGUGCCUCAGCAGCGGCCCGGGCGCCGCUCGUGACGUCACGUGACAGCGGAGACGCCGCACAGCUCUGUGAUGUCGCUAUUCCGAGGUGGUGGGACAUUCUACUGACGACUGACUGUGUCUGAAGAGGAGGGAUCGCUUCGGCCUGCUUUUCCGUGGUGAGCGAAGAGGAGAGAGCGAGGGAGGACAGGCCACAGCGGCGCUGCGAUGCCGUUCAUCGAGGAUGACCUCCUGUGGUGUCCCAACACGGACGGCAAGAUGGUCGAUCUCUCCUGUCUGGACAGCGGUCCCAACGUGAUGGUGGAACCCCAGCCGGACGUCUUGACCGAAUUGACCCACACGGACCUGCACGGCCUGGGCAUCGACGAGGAGGAAGAGAUCCUGCGGCAGCUGGCGGACCCCGCCUUCGAGAUUGACGCCAUCUUUGCGGAUCUCGACCCCCGGCUCGAGCCCCACGGGGCCCAGGCGGUCGCCGUGGGGAUGGUCCCGGGGGACGACCAGGCGCAGAGCGCAUGCCGCAAGCGCCGUCGCCGCCGCAGUGAGGAGCCGCCACCUGGCUGCAGCGGGCUCCAGCCAUUCCACCAGGUGACGGUGAAGAUAGAGCCGGGGACCAACGAAAUGUCGUCGUGCAUCAAGAUGGAGGGCUCACAGUCGUCCUGCUCCGCUCACCUUCCAGACAGCACCGUGGAGAUUGUCGGCGGCACCAGCCUCACCCAGCUCAGCCCAUUGGACACGAGUCCCCAGGACGUUCGUCCGAGCCUGCUGUCGCGGUGCGAGCGGACGCUGCAGCGCUGCAGCCCCAACCGGGACUCCAAGACGCUGCUGCAGAACAUCCUGCAGCACCAGCACCCGACCUACUCGGCGCUGUCGAGCCUCUGCAACCCGGCCGUCACGUGCAGCAGCUCAGACGAGGUGGCUUUGUACGUGAGGAACUGGCGGUCUGAGGGUGGUGUGCCCCUUCGGUGCGCAGGUUCGCUUCCCCCGAGCCCCGCCGACAGCGGCGUCUCCGACGUCGACAGCAGCAGCGGCACCCUCAGCAACGACGAGUCCAAGGCGCGGUUACAAAGCACGCCGGUACCACCUCCCCUGACCCCCGAAUCUCCAAGCCCGAGUGGACUGGGCUACAUCCCCCCUUACUGCCAGACUGGAGUGGCGCCCCAUGCACCGCAACACUACACCAACAGGCCGCCCACAUAUGCGGAGCUGCAGCACCUGUACCCCCCGCAAGCGCACUACCGGCCGGCGGGGCCGCUGGGCACAGGGCCACUGCUGCCCCACGGGGCAGCCUACCUGGAGCCCCCCGCCCUCAAGAGCCCCGUGGGGCACCUGGCCUACCCCGUGCCGGUGUCCGGCCACUCCCCGGCGGGGCUGCCCCUGGCCCUGACGCAGCGCCACCCGAGCGGCGGCGUGGCAGGGGCCGCUCUGCUCCACCCGUCUGGCAUCCCCACGUCGGUGAUCACGGCGGCAGCGCACGCAAACGGGGAGGACAUGGGCUACUUCGUCGAGGACCUCUCCUUUCAGCCUCCCAUCAAGAAGAAAGGUCGCAAGCCCAAGGCCCUGCUGGGCGAGGGCCCCCCUGGGGGGCCCGGCCUGGGCGGCUCGGCAUCCCUCAAGCAGCAGCGCAAGAGCCGCGAGGGCUCGACGACCUAUUUGUGGGAGUUCCUGCUCAAGCUUCUGCAGGAUCGAGACUACUGCCCCCGCUACAUCAAGUGGACGCACCGAGAGAAGGGUGUCUUCAAGCUGGUCGACUCCAAGGCUGUCUCCCGCCUCUGGGGCCUGCAUAAGAACAAGCCCGACAUGAACUACGAGACCAUGGGAAGGGCCCUCAGGUACUACUACCAGCGCGGCAUCCUCGCCAAGGUGGACGGACAGCGCUUGGUCUACCAGUUUGUCGAUGUACCCAAAGACAUCGUCGAGAUCGACUGUUCGGGGGCGUGACACGGUUCCCGGCGCGGUUCCCGGCAACCCCCGGGACCCUCUUCGUUGUGUCUGUGAUGAGGACGGAAGGACUUGCGAGAGACGACGCGCACAACUGCCGCCCACGCCGCCGGCGUUGCCGUGGAAGAAGAAACGCCGCAUGGCGCCGACGACCCAGUGCGCGCGUCUCUAUUUAUUUAGUCCGGAUUGAAUCCGGCGAUCACCCCCCACGCCAGAUCCGUCGGGAUCAAGGCGCCGGACGGAAUGUACCUGUGCCGUGUCUGGGACAGAGUACCCUGCUUGUGUCUGGGGACAGGAGUGACACGUGGCCCGGCGUGGAACGACGUGUGCUUCGCGUACGUUCAUAUUAUAGAUAUUAUAGAGCUAUUACGGAGAUGAAGGAGAGAGAAAGAGAUGCUAUAUUAAAAGAUAUCUUACAAGUUAUACGCAGAUGUAAACAGCCGUAUGUACCCGAGUUUGGAGGGGACGAAGCGUUGCGCGGGCACGGACGCGUUGGCGGUGCUUUUUUUGGGGGUUGACGGUCGUGGUUUGCGGGGUCUGCUGGGCAGCCACGGCUUCCGUGUCGCGCGAGAGCGCCGUCGCGGAGCACAACUUCCGCAGAGCCGUUGCGAGUCCCGGGAAUCGAGUAAACUCCUCAAUUGGACGGGAAGGGUCCGCGUUUCUACCUCAUCAAAAUUUCCGUUUGCACCUGAGAAACCGACGAAACUUACCAGGAGUGUGAAUUGUGAGGGGGGGGGGGGGGUCGGUUUCCGAUUGGUCGAGACGUCGGGCUCGUGCCGGAAGCUGUGGCUGGCGGGGGAAAUGGACAACUGUCACAAGAGUGCCUGGGGCGACGCGAUGGGUGUGAACGGGACGAGGAAAACAGGAUGCGGAUCACAAAGCAACGCGGAAGUGUCGCGGCGGUUGCGCUUUUUGCGCGUCAAGGGAGACGGUUGCGGAGCGCAGACAUAGUCUCAUAGAAAAAUGAUGUCCCCGUGAUCAAGUGUGGUGCCCGUUUGCUUCUUCUUUCGUUUUGUCUUCUGUGAUGCCCGCUCCUUGCGUUCGGCGUGCCUCGAUCGCAUGGCGACGCCAACAGUUCACGGCCAUUCGAGUUCCCCAAAUGUCCGAAUAGGUAGUGAAACAUCUGUCAUCAAAGAGGAAAGAAAACUGGAGAUUAGAAAAACAACCAAAAGAGCGUCAUUUCGAUCGACCGAGGCUCGUCGAACAACGGGAACGUUUUUCGUCAUCUGAAGCUGAAAAAAAAACACCGUUACAUGCCGUCCCCGAUUGCUGGAUACAAUCCGUGGUUUUUCUUCUCGAGACGACGGAACAGCGAAGAAGUGAAGCAUGAAAAGUGCCGCCGAAAAAGUGCUUCUGGAAGUU